CUUUUCUUUUUCUUUUUUCACACAUCUAUUUAUAUCGCUGUUCUUUUUUUAUUUUUAAUUUUUUUUUGCUGUUAAACGUGUAUAUCGCAACAUUUUCUUUACUACUUAAUAUAAUACUUAUUCGUCCAAUAUAAACAUUUAAAACCGCAGAAAUAUGCCUAAUAACAACGAGACGAUUCCACUCAACCCUAUCGAAAAAGAAUGGAAAGAUCAAAUCUCACCGGAUCUAGAGAUAUAUCUCGAAACGGAACCGACGUUUGGACUGACGGAUACACAAGUAGCUGAUCGGCUAGCAAAGUUUGGCAGAAAUGAGUUGCAAGAAAAGAAAAAGAGCAAAAUUAAGCAUUUCUUAUCCUUUUUCACAGGAGCUAUUGCAUAUUUAAUGGAGAUCUCCAUCAUUUUAACGGCAGUGACCAAAGAUUGGGUAGAUUUUGGUAUUAUCUUGGCCAUGUUGAUCAUCAAUGCUUUAAUUGGAUACAGCGAAGAAUCGAAAGCGGAAUCUGCAGUAGCAGCAUUAAAGAGCAGUCUUGCAUUACAUACGCGCUGUUGGCGUAAUGGGCGUUUGCAAGAGAUUCAAGCGACCGAAUUAGUGAUUGGUGAUGUGAUUGUGAUUCGUUUAGGUGAUAUUGUACCUGCCGAUGUUCGACUUUUAGGUAUCGGUGCUACGGGUGAGGCAAUUGAUGGUGAUCUGCAGGUUGAUCAAAGUGCAUUGACGGGUGAAUCCUUACCGUUACGAAAGCGUAAAGGAGAUCUUGUUUAUUCUUCCAGCACAGUAAAGCAAGGCCAACAAUUAGGUAUUGUCGUGCGUACAGGUGCUGAUACCUUCAUUGGAAAAGCUGCCAACUUGAUUUCGAUCACAACAGACGCUGGUCACUUUCAAAAAGUUGUUAAUUACAUUGGAAAUUUCUUGAUUGCAAUUUCUGUGGUUUUGGUCUUGAUUAUUUUUAUUUACGACUUGGUCGAAGUGAAGGUUCAAAAUGGAACAAUCACAAAGGAUGAUGUAUUGGAGACCCUGAAAGAGAUGGUCGUGCUAACGAUUGCUGCAAUUCCUGUAGGGUUGCCUACUGUUAUGUCUGUCACCAUGGCGAUCGGAGCAAAACAAUUAGCCAAAAAACAAGUGAUUGUAAAACGUUUAACUGCUGUCGAAGAACUUGCUUCAGUCUCUAUUCUUUGCAGUGACAAAACGGGUACCUUGACCUUGAACGAAUUGACAUUUGACGAGCCUUAUCUUUCUCAAGGAUAUGAUAAAAACGAUAUUCUGUUGUAUGCCUAUCUCUCAUCCGAACCCGCUACCAGUGAUCCUAUUGAAUUUGCCAUUCGUACUGCCGCCACCAAAGACCAUCCUUUAAUUACAGGAGAGAAGCAUGAAGCGAUGGGUUACAAAGUACAAAUGUUUAAACCCUUUGAUCCCACUGAAAAAAUGUCUCGUGCAACUAUAUUGGAUAAUUCAACACAGACCGACUUUAAAGUGGCGAAAGGUGCACCCCAAGUGAUUAUUGAUCUUGUUAAGCAAAGCAGUGGAAAUAAUAUGAGAGAUGCUGAAGCAGUGAUUGUGGAGUUUGCAAGUCGUGGAUUACGUGCACUUGGUGUAGCACGUACGCGCAUUAUGGGCGGACAAGAAAUCUGGGAGUUGGUCGGUAUCUUUAGUUUAAUUGAUCCUCCACGUCAUGAUUCUGCAGAGACUAUCAAGGAUUGCGCUGAUUAUGGAAUCGUUGUCAAGAUGAUUACAGGUGAUCAAACAAUUAUUGCAAAAGAGGUGGCCCAAAGAUUGGAUAUGGGACAAGAUAUUUUGGAUGCCAAUUGUUUGGUAGAUCCUUCGAAAACAGAUGACCAAGUAGCACAGCAGUGUCUCGAUGUGGAUGGUUUUGCUCGAGUGAUUCCUGAACAUAAAUACAGAGUGGUUGAAUUAUUGCAAGGCAAAGGAUACUUUGUAGCAAUGACAGGUGAUGGAGUAAACGACGCACCUGCGCUGAAGAAAGCCAAUGUAGGUAUUGCUGUGCAUGGCAGCACAGAUGCAGCCCGGACUGCUGCUGAUAUUGUAUUACUUGCGCCUGGUUUAUCCGCCAUUAUUGAUGGUAUCAAAACAUCGCGUGCCAUUUUCCAAAGACUUCAAUCGUAUGCGCUCUACCGUAUUGCUUCUACUAUUCACUUUUUGAUCUUCUUCUUUGUCAUUACUCUGGCCGAAGGGUGGCAAAUGCCACCGAUUUUUUUGAUCUUGAUCUCGGUUUUAAAUGAUGCUGCUACUAUGAUUAUGACGGUGGAUAAUGUAACGAUUUCAAAGGCACCCAAUGUGUGGCGAUUGAAACUUUUGGUGGUGCUUUCCUCUGUGUUGGCUAUUUUCUUGUCAUUCUUCUCAUUUGCUCAUUUCUACAUCUUUAGAGAUGUACUUAAAGUAACAGAGGGUCAAUUAUACUCAGUGAUGUAUCUUCAUAUCUCAGCUGCACCUCAUUUCAUUAUCUUUUCAACACGUACAGAAGGAUUUUGUUGGAAUAGUCUACCCUCAUGGCCAUUUACACUUGUUGUAUUAGGUACACAAGUGAUUGCAUUGGUCUUAUCUGUCUACGGUGUGGUGGGCGAUGCUAAAGUAGAAGGUAUUGGUUGGCCACGUGGUUUGAUUAUUAUUGCUAUUGCUCUAGUAACAUUUGUGCUUGUGGAUCUUGUCAAGGUGUUGACUAUCCGACUCUGGAACCGUACGCAUGAUACCCAUAGUGUGAUUGUAAAACAUAAGCGUACGCUCAAAGAUUUCACCACUAAAAAACCCACGCGUGCUCAAAAGUUUAAUCAAGAUAAUCAUCUUAAUUGGGAUGAGGGAUAUCGCGCUUAUUAAAUAAAAUCUGUUGUCUAUUUAUACCUAUAUUAACCAUGCA